AUGCAAAGCUUCUCAGUCCCUACGAGUCGAUUGAACAUGGGGUCGGAUGAUCUGCACGAGAGGGAAAAGGACAUGGUGUCUUCAGUCCGACCGCCUCACCAGCGACGGCUGAGCCCAUUCGUCAUCGCAGGCCGCCCAGAGGAGAAGCAGCUUGGGAUAUCGACUCGCCGGCUGAAUGUCAAAGACUUCACACUGUUGAAGACACUGGGUACAGUGAGAUUGAACGAAGAAAGGCAGCGACGGAACAGGGUGUACGCGCUGAAGAUGCUACGAAAAGCCGAUGUCAUCAAGUUGAAGCAAGUCGAACAUGUCCGCAAUGAGCGGAAGACACUUGCGGAUGUUUCCGGUCAUCCUUUCAUCACGACUUUGAUCGCAUCUUUCUCCGAUGACCAAAACUUAUAUAUGCUGUUGGAUUAUUGCCCUGGUGGCGAGAUCUUCAGCUAUUUACGGCGUGCACGACGCUUCAACGAGAACACCUCCAAGUUCUACGCGGCCGAGAUCGCAUUGACCAUCGAGUUUCUCCAUGAUGUGGAGGGCGUUGUUUACCGGGACCUCAAGCCGGAGAAUAUCCUGCUGGAUGCAGAGGGGCACAUCAAACUUGUCGAUUUCGGGUUUGCGAAACAGGUUGGCGACCAUGAAACAUAUACGUUAUGUGGCACUCCCGAAUAUCUUGCCCCGGAGGUCAUCCAUAACAGUGGUCAUGGCCUCGCCGUCGACUGGUGGGCGCUGGGAAUUCUUAUCUACGAGUUCCUCGUGGGGCAACCGCCGUUCUGGGACCAGAACCCGAUGCGUAUAUACGAACAGAUUGUCGAAGGUCAUAUACGAUUCCCUCAGAGCAUGUCGCCUGCCGCCCAGAACAUCAUAUCGCUACUCUGCAAGACCAACCCGACCGAGCGGUUGGGCUAUAUAUCUGGAGGCUCCGCUCGAGUCAAGACGCACCCCUUUUUCGAAGACAUCAACUGGGACGAUCUGUUCUACCGCCGCAUCAAGGGGCCUAUCAUCCCUAGAGUCGAUCAUCCUGCGGAUACCGGAAACUUCGAAGAAUAUCCGGACCCGGAUGUGAAAAACCAGAGCCCCUACACUGAUGACUUGAGGAACAAGUACGAGGCUCUUUUUGCCGAUUUCUGA